UCGCCCGCCACCUCCUGUUCUGGCUGCUGGCACCCUCCGGCUCUCGCUCGUCCAUCUCAACCAGCUCUUCCCCAACUGUAUCUGCCGGCCCGAUCACCUGUCGACAUGAAGUGGUUCCCGGCAUUCUCCUUCCGGAGAUCCUGGCAGGCACGGGUGGUGCUGGUGCUCUUGCUUUUGGUGGGGACGGCGACCUUUCUGAUGCACGACUGGGACGGCCAGCAGUUGCUCCUCUUCCGCACCCCGCUGCCCGAACAAAAGGAGAUGGGACAGAGGGCUCUGUCGGUGCUCGUCGACAACAGCGACCAGCAAGAGCUUUCAAUCCCGUGGAAAUACACCGAUGCUUCCAAACCAAGGAGAGAUUUCAUCAAAAAGAUGGCCCAGUUUGCCUGGAAGGGCUACUACGAUCUCGCCCGCGGCGCUGACGAGCUCAGGCCGGUGAGCGGAGAGCCCUACAACUGGUAUCUCAACCACUCGCUGCUGUCGACGCCCGUCGACUCGCUGGAUACCCUGCUGCUGAUGGGCCUCAAGGAGGAGUACCUUCAAGCCAAGCAGUUGGUGCUGGAGACUUUUGAUCCGUUCAUCGACGAGGAAGUCAGCCUCUUUGAGACCAACAUCCGCAUCGUCGGCGGCCUGUUGAGCGCCUAUGACCUCGAGGGCGAUGUGGCUUUCCUCAGUAUGGCAAAGAAGGUGGCCGAUUCACUGCUCCCAGCCUUCGAGACACCCACGGGCAUCCCGGUCAACUGGGUCAAUCCCAAAACCGGCAAGAUUCGCAGCAAAGAUGACUGGGUCUUUCUUUCCCAGGCUGGAACGCUCUCGCUCGAGUUCCAGUACCUUUCUGAUAUCACGGGCGACCGGAAAUACGCCGAUCGGGCGUUGUUUGCCAUGGAGCAAGUGUAUGCUGCCAAGCGGCCGUAUGCUGAUCUGCACUCGAUGGUGGUUGGCACGACCAAACUUGAGUACAAGAGUGAUACCUAUGGAAUCGGCGCCAGUCUGGACUCUUUCUACGAAUACCUUUUGAAGUUCUGGGUGUCGACCGGCGACAAGUCGUACCGGCAAAGAUACGAUCGAUGGGUCUUGGAGCUCAAGCGGGUGAUCAUGAAGGUGUCUUCGAAUCAAAAGUAUGUCUACUUUCCCUCCGCCAAUCUCAUCAGCGGCCGGUGGACACACGAGAGCUCCUUCCAUCAUCUGUCAUGCUUUAUCGGCGGCCUCUUGUCGCUGGGGGCCGUUACCCAGCACGAUGCAAGUACCAAGGACGAUUUCAACGUUGGCCGACGAGCUACCAACACGUGCUUCCAAGCCUAUGCAUCGACGGCGACGGGCCUCGGGGCCGAAAUAGUUUAUGGAGAGAAUCUGUAUAUUGAAGACCCGUCCUACUAUCAGCGACCCGAAACGGUCGAGUCGAUCUUUUACAUGUGGCGGUUUACCCACGAUCCAAUCUACCGCGAGUGGGGAUGGAAUAUCACUCAGAGCAUCGAGAAGCACCUCAAGGUCGAGAACGGAUACGCGGGGCUUCAGCACGUGCAGCAUCCGGGCGGCUACAACGACAUGCAGCAAUCGUUCUUCCUGGCCGAGACGCUCAAGUAUCUGUUUUUGCUGUUCUCGGACGACAGCGUGCUGCCGCUGAGCCACUACGUGUUCAACACCGAGGCGCACCCGCUCUCGGUUCGAGGACAAGGCCGUCGGCGCAACCCCCAGCGGUUCGUCCCGCUGCCGAGCGACCAGGAUUUUCCAGGCUGGGAGCGGGGACGCAAAGUGGGCGAGCUAUGGCCACCACCUCCGCCGCCGCCGCCGCCAUCACAAAUCCCCACCCCGCAGAGCAACGCAACGCUGGGCGAGGAUUGAGCCGAGCCGUGCGCAGGGUGCAGUGGGGGGAAUGCACACCAAGCACCGCUGAGAACGAGUGCGGCGAGUUAGAGCGAGACCAAGAGUCCACAGGAUGCCCUGAGCAACCUUGCGCAGAGGACAGAAUGCCCUCAUUGAAAACGAGACUGCUGAUACAGCGUACCCAUUUUGAAACGGGACACCCUGUUUUGAGUCAGGACUGUCGUUGAUUCCCGGGCCUGAAUAUACUCCUACCGUGACCAAACGGCGUGCUCAUGGUGCCUGGAGGCCAGAGGAUCGAAUGCA